UCCCUGCUCCGCCCCUGCGCUUGCUACAGACGCAUUUUUCUGAACUCGUCCGCCGUAGCCACCUGGUACGGGAGCCCCGGAGGCGCCGGAAGUGAUGGUGGUGCAUGUGGAUAUGGUGAUGCGGUUUCUAAGCCUCCGUUCUCAUCCUUCAUAGCAGCAGGCGGUCCUUCGCUGUUCAAAUCAGGCAUGGGAUGUGGUGCUUGCUAUCAGGUCGCGUGCACCUCGAACGGUGCAUGCUCCGGGAACCCGGUGACCGUGGUCAUCACGGACGAGUGCCCCGGCGGCCCGUGUGCUUCCGACCCCGUCCAUUUUGACCUCAGCGGGACUGCCUUCGGGGCCAUGGCGAAGCCUGGCCAAGCCGAUGCGCUUCGCAACGUGGGCUCCCUUCAGAUACAAUACUCCAGAGUGCACUGCAAGUACUCGAGCGUCAAUAUCAGCUUCAAGAUGGACGCCGGAUCCAACCCAUACUACUUCGCCGUGGUCAUCGAGUUCGAAGACGGGGACGGGGAUCUCUCGGCCGUCGACGUGCAGCAGGCGGGGUCGGGCUUCUGGAUACCCACGCAGCAGUCGUGGGGCGCCGUUUGGAAGCUGAACUCGGGGUGGCCACUGCAGGCUCCAUUAUCGAUCCGGCUGACCUCCGGCCUUUCGGGGAAGACCCUCGUUGCCACCAACGUCAUCCCCGUGGAUUGGAAACCGGGGGCCACGUACAACUCCACCGUCAACUUCCCAUAA